AUGUCCGAGGCGUCCACCCGCGUGACGCCCAAGGGCGAGAGCCCUGCCGGCGCCGAGCCUCAGAUCGACCCCGAGCUCGCAGACCUGCCUCCUCCCCCUCACCACUCCAACGGCGCGGCCGUGCCGCCCCCCUUGCCUCUUCGCGACACUCCGUACCCUCCCCGUGCCCCCGGAGAGACCAUGGGCAUCACCGAGUCCAUUGCGACCGCGCCCAACCCACACACCACCGACUUCUCGCCCCUCCCCUUCACCACCGACGACAGCAUCGAUGUGCAGGCUCUCGACGCUGCCGCAGAGGGCGACCCGGGAUCCCCCACCGCGCGUCUUCUCCGUGCCAUCGCUCCCCCCAACGCUGCGCAGCCAAACCCGAACUGGGCACCUCCCCCACCCAACGCCAGUGUCAACCUCUUUAUCGGUCGUGCUCUGCUGUCCAACGGCAACGACAACUGGCCUCUGAAACCCAACGACAUUGUCAACUGGAUCCGUAAACACUACCCCGAGGAAUGGGACGGCGACGAGGGCCGUUGCUCUGCGCACCGUGUCCGCACGUACCUCGCGCGUAAAGGUGCCGACAUGUACUACGAAAAGCUCAACCAGGGCUGCAUUGCCGGCUGGCGCAUCCGCCAAAACCACCUGUGGCGAUUCGAAAACGGCGGCUUCCAAGGCCGCGGCAUGAAGCAGGAGGAGGCCAUGGCGCAGCAGCAAAAGGAAAACGAGGCCAUGGCGACGGCCGCGCACAAGGCCGCUGCGGCCGCGGCGCUCGCCCAGGGCCACCCAGGCAUCAAGGUGUCCAUGUCGAGUUCGGGCGCCGGCGACGGCCAGCCGGCCAGCAAGCGUCCGCGCAAGGCCAACGGCCAGGCCCGUCGCAAGAACGAAAAGAAGAAGGAGGACGAGUACGACUAUGGCGCGUACGCGCAGCAGUCGUAUGCGGCGCUUGAGGCCGCCGCCGCCGCUGCCGCCGCCGCGCCCGUCGAGCAGCCCGCCGCGUCGUCAUCAAGCCUGCAGCUGGAUCCCGCGUCGCUCAGUGUCGAAAACUCUGCGGCGGCCGCCCAGGCCGCUGCGGCCGUCGCGCAGGCUGCUGCGGGCCCCGCAUCGGGCGACGGCGGCGAUGCAGGCUCGGUCCCGCCCCCCGGAGCCGACGGCGAGCCCGCGGCCACCACCACGGCGACCGCGGACGCGGACGCAGACGACAACUCGCUCGACGUCAGCAUGGUCCAGCAGGCCAUGGCGGCCGCCACCGCCGCUGCGGCCGCGGGGCAGAUGGACGAGCUCGAGAUGGGCAUGCAGCUCCCCAUCGAAAUGCAGAUGCACUCGGGCACCCACGACGACGACGGGUAUGCCGGCUACGACGGCGGCCAGUCGUACGGAUACGCCGCCGACCAGACCCAGUACUCGGGAUACCAGCAGACCCAGUAG